CCACCUCCCUCCGUUUACGAUUCACCGUCGUCACCAACCACCGGCCGCCGGUGUUUGCCCUACCUCAUCGCUGUUUCACUUUACCUUAAUUUCCGGUCUCCAUCUGUCUCUGUUCACUACUACUGUUUCGGAUUAAUCUAUCUUCUCUUUACAAUGGGAGAUGGUGAAGCAGUUGUUUCUCAAACAUCGGCUGUAGAUCAGUAUUCAUCUGCUCCUUAUUCUGCAUCUGAUUAUCAUGAUAGGAGUGGAAAUGCUGCUCUUGAUUCCAGCACAGGUGCUGAAACUACAGAUAGUGGAGAUAUAACUGCUUUCGUUGGUACUGGUAACAUGGAUGUAGAUCAUGCCACUUCUCAUGAUAAUGACCCAGACACUGCUGGUAAAUCUGAGGUUACAGAUGUUGGUCAACAGGUUCCACUAACUACUGCACAAGAUGUUAGGGAGAAUCUUCCAAGUGUUAUGGACACAUCCAUGGAUUCAUCUCAUGUUGCCACUUAUGAUUCUUCUGUGCAUGGAAUUGAUGUUAGUGAUGCGAAAUCUUUGCCAGCAGUUGGUGCUGAGAAUGGGGUUAUUAGUUCAUACAGUGUUCAUACUUCUGCAUCUGCACAGCAAUUGGUGGAUGGUUCUGCAUUAUCUCCUGAAGAAGACCGAUUAUGGAACAUGGUAAGAGCUAAUACACUGGAUUUCAAUGCUUGGACUGCACUAAUAGAGGAGACGGAGAAAACAUCAGAGGACAACAUUUUGAAAAUCCGUAAAGUUUAUGAUGCCUUUUUAGCUGAGUUUCCUCUGUGUUAUGGUUAUUGGAAGAAGUAUGCUGAUCAUGAAGCUCGUUUGGGGUCUGUUGAUAAAGUUGUGGAGGUCUAUGAACGUGCAGUUCAAGGAGUAACAUAUUCUGUAGAUAUGUGGCUGCACUACUGUGUUUUUGCCAUAAAUACCUAUGGAGAUCCUGACACCAUAAGGAGGCUAUUUGAACGGGGUUUAGCUUAUGUUGGAACUGAUUACCUCUCUUUUCCUUUGUGGGAUAAGUACAUUGAAUAUGAGUAUCACCAGCAGCAGUGGUCGAAUCUUGCCAUGAUCUACACACGGAUAUUGGAGCAUCCUAAUCAGCAGUUGGAUCGAUAUUUUAACAGCUUCAGGGAAUUAGUUGCUAGUCGUCCUUUAUCUGAAUUGAGAACCACUGAGGAAGUUGCUACUGCAGCCAAAGCAAAGGAGGAAUCAAGGAAUCAAGAAAGUGAAGGAGAGGUUAAUCCAAAUACAGUGGAGCAAUCUAUUAAACCUCCAAGUGCAAGCUUAACAGAAGCUGAAGAUUUGGAGAACUAUAUUGCCAUUAGAGAAGAGCUAUAUAAGGCAGCCAAAGAUUUUGAUGCUAAGAUCAUAGAUUUUGAAACAGCCAUCAGGAGGCCCUACUAUCAUUUUCGGCCACUUAAUGUUGCAGAGCUUGAAAACUGGCAUAACUACAUUGAUUUCAUUGAAGGAUGUGAUGACUUUAAUAAGGUUGUCAAGCUAUAUGAAAGAUGUCUAAUUGCUUGUGCAAAUUAUCCUGAGUACUGGAUACGCUACAUUUUGUGCAUGGAAGCCAGUAGAAAUGUGGAACUUGCUGAAAAUGCACUUGCCCGUGCUACCCAGGUGUUUGUCAAAAGGCAUCCGGAGAUUCACCUUUUUGCUGCUCGAUUUAAAGAGCACAGUGGAGACAUUGCAGGAGCUCGAUCAUCUUAUCAACUCGUCCACACUGAAAUUUCUCCGGGUCUUCUAGAAGCAAUUAUCAAGCAUGCUAACAUGGAAUAUCGGCUGGGAAAUCUGGAAGAUGCUUGUUCUUUGUAUGAGCAGACUAUUGCAAUCGAGAAAGGAAAAGAGCACUCACAGACAUUGCCCCUUUUGUUCGCACAGUAUUCUCGAUUUCUGUACUUGGUUUUGGGAAAGGUAGAGAAAGCAAGGGAGGUUCUAGAUCAAGCACUUGAGAAUAACCAACUCUCAAAACCACUUUUAGAGGCUUUAAUUCAUAUAGAAUCAAUUCAAUCGCUACCAAAGCGAACUGAUCAUUUAGACUCACUGGUGGAAAAGUUCAUAUCCCCUGGACCUGAUAAUUCAAAUGCUGCAAGUCGUGUUGAGAGAGAAGAGCUAUCUAAUAUUUUCUUGGAGUUUCUAGAUCUUUUUGGGGAUGCAAAGUCCAUCAAGAAGGCUGAUGUUCGGCAUGCCAAGCUUUUCUUACCUCACAAGAGUUCUUCAGAGUCCAAGAAGCGGCAACUGGAGGGUUAUUUAGUCUCUGAUAGAGCCAAGCUUGCAAAAGGUGUGGUUUCAUCUGCUUCAUCAGUCACAGGCACCUAUCAGGCCACACAGAACCAGUGGCCGGCAGGUUAUGGUGUGCAGCCUCAAUCUUGGCCACAAGCUACGCAAGCUCAAGGACAACAAUGGCCCUCAGGAUACACCCAACAGGCUGCUUAUGGCACAUACAAUGCUUAUGGAAGUGGCUACGCCCAACCGCAAGCCCCGGCAUCUGUCCCACAAGCCGCUGCUUACACUUCUUUUCCUGCUUCUUACCCGGUCCAGCAGGCCGUCCCACAGCAAGUUUCAACAAUGACGCCUGCACAGCAGCCUGCUGCGGUCGCCCCUGCAUAUUAUGGCACCUACUAUUGACCGUGAGCCCAUGAGUCUUAUUUAAGGUUGAAUUUAUGGCAUUUUUGGGUCGUUUUUUCCGUGUCUGUAACAUAUGGACCUAUGCCAUGCUGCAACUUGUUUUAUUUAGAGGGCCAUUGGCAAUAGUGUAGUUGAAUAGAUGCCAAUAAUUUGUUAAAUAGACGGUCUAUUCUAUCGUCUUUCUUGAUAA